AUGGUACGAAUAUAUAUAAUUAGAUUUAUCCUGUUGUAGAAUAGAUAGGGGAAGACGAGACUUUCGAAAUGGUAUGUGUAUUAUGAUGAUGCUGAGAAAGUAAAAUUGCAAAAUGAAGUUCAUCGAUUAAUAGUUUGUAGAGACACUAAGCACACUAACUUUUUGGAAUUUAGGAAUUAUAAAAUCAUCUACAAAAGAUAUGCAGGGUUGUUUUUUGCCUUGUGUGUUGAUGUGAGUGACAAUGAAUUAACAAUGCUAGAAUUGAUACAUUUGUAUGUCGAAGUAUUAGACAAAUACUUUGGAAAUGUUUGUGAAUUGGACAUAGUCUUCAAUUUCAAUAAAGCAUAUUCUAUUUUGGAUGAAAUGAUUGUCGGCGGUGAGAUUGUUGAAACUUCAAAGCAAGUCAUAAUUAAUGCAGUCAAGAAUAUUGAAUUAUUAGAUUGA